CAGCGCUUCUACCUCCUAAAGCUGCCGAUUGCAAGGGCAGCAAUGGCCGUGGGAGGGGGGCUCCUGGCCUUCUCUUGCAUUCGUAUUGUGGUUGGCGUUCUGCGGUUACCAUGGCAUUUCCCAGCAUGGCUGCUACUCGAGUGCAUCCUGGACGUAGUUAUUGCAGUUGGCAUAGUGCCUGCUCUGUACUAUUUCUUCCAUUUUCUGCUGGGGGUCUAUAAUUCAUCAGUGUGCAAAGAGAGAGUGCAGCUUUAUCAAAGCAAAGGCUAUCCGGGCUUUGGGUGCAGUCCACAUGGGGCAGAGAUUGCUGUUGGCCUCUCAGGCUGCAUAGCUGUCCUGGCAUACCUGCUUAGCGCAGGCCUAGCUGUCAGGGGGUACAGAACAGUGCACAAGCUGAAACAGAAGCCAGUACAACACUGUGAGCGUUAG